UGAAAUCAUGAAGACUUAAUAUGCUAAGAACUACUCCUAGCUUUAGCUCUUGUCCUAGCUCGACUCUUCCUGUUAGGCACCUCUCUAAGGGUUUGGUCGGCAAGCAAUAAUACACCGUUAUUGAUAAAAUAGGCGAAGGUGCCCUGGGCGUUUGAUAUAAGGUUAAGAAUGUUAAUAAAGAGAACCAAGCCGUACUUGUUGCUAAGAAGAUUUCUAUCCAAAAUCGUGGAAAUUCCAUAAAAAAUCUUGAAAUGACCGUCUCAGACGGUCAUGACGGCCGAUUUGAUAAGAAUCAGAAGAUGAAGGAAGUAGCCAUCCUUUGUAAGCUUAACCAUCGGAACCUAAUAAAACUGCAUGAUUACUUUGUAGAAGAUGGAAAUAUUUAUAUAAUCACUGAGUAUUGUAUGAAAGGGGACCUAAGCCAGUACAUGUCAACUGCUAUAUGUCUCCCAAAGCAUCGAAUUUGGAAGAUAAUAAUAGAAGUGACACUUGCUCUUGCUUAUUUACACCAAUCAGGAAUUAUUCAUUGUGACCUAAAGCCUCAAAAUAUAUUUAUUUCAGGUGAGAGUAGAGUCAAAGUCGGAGACCUGAGCAGCGCUAUUAUGGGCUCAUCUAAAAAUCAUUUCUCAUUAAAUUGAGGUACACCUUGUUACACAGCUCCUGAGAUUUAUAAUAAAGAAAGUUAUGAUAGCAAAGUCGACAUCUGGAGUCUAGGCUGUAUCAUCUACGAGUUAUGCACGAAUAGGAGAGCAUUCGAUUCCACCAGUUUCGAAACUCUCAAGGCAAAAGUAACAGAAGGGAAGGCUCCACUAAUCACUUUCCCGCCAGCCAAUCUAAAAAUGUCAUUGUAUUAAACAGCUCACCUUUGAAAUCGAACAUAAAGAUAAACUUCAAGCU